CGGGAUUAUCAGGGAAAUACACUGAAUCGCUGGCAAAUCCAAAAUAUGCACUUAAUAUUUUCCGCAGAUCAAAGGGAUCAGUGAAAUUUAGCGACGCAAUUCACCAAAACUAUUUAUUAAUUUCAUAAAAUCCAGAAACGAAUUUAGCAGAACAAAGCAGCUUUCAUUCAAAAAGUUUGUGAGAAAAAAAAAGUUUGGUUUUUUUUCGAUAUGAGAGUUCUUCUAUCUAAAGGGUUUAAGAGAUAAUGCUGCGACAAUGCUCACUUCAAAUUCUAAAGAGAAGGAGAGAUCUCUCUCCUUCUUAUGCUGCUGGUACUUAGGUCGCAGACGUUUCGCAAUGCUGCUCCUUCUCAGCCUUGCUUUUGUUGUCUUCAUCUUGGGUUCCUACACUAUCAACAAAGAGAGUAAUAGUCCAAUCAUUCACCAGAGUAUUGAGACCAUGGAUUUUGUUAGCAACCAAACACCGUUAAGUAGAGAGUUGAGUUCUUUCUAUACUGAAAACUCUAAUGAUGAUGGCAUUAGAGGAAGUGAUGUAGACAUCAUCCAUCCUCCUCCAUCCCACCACCAUCCAUGUGAUAGUUUUUCGUUUCCUCCUCCUCCUCCACCAGGACUCAGAAGGCCUGGACCACGCCCGUGUCCUGUAUGCUAUCUAUCUCCAGAAGAGGCCUUAGCUCAUAUGCCAAAGCAUCCAUUUGAAUCUCCUGUGCUCAUGAAUUUGACAUAUGUCCAUGAGGAGAGUCCUGUAAAACGUGAAGAAGAAGGUCAAGGAGGCUCUGAGUUUGGAGGUUAUCCUUCUCUUAAAGAUAGGACUAACUCCUUUGACAUUAAAGAGUCCAUGACAGUGCACUGCGGGUUUGUCAAAGGGACAAAACCGGGACAUCAAACCGGAUUUGAAAUUGAUGAAGAUAUCCUUCCUGAGCUGGACCAGUUCCAUGAUGUGAUUGUUGCUUCAGCUAUAUUUGGAAAGUACGAUAUAAUUCAAGAACCGGUGAACAUCAGUGAAAUGGCAAGGAACAACAUCCCUUUUUACAUGUUCAUUGACGAAGAAACACAUUCAUAUCUUAAGAACACUUCGAGUUACUCAGAUGAUAACAAGAGAGUAGGGUUGUGGAGGAUCAUUGUUGUCCAUAACGUUCCUUACACCGAUGCAAGACGCAAUGGAAAGAUUCCGAAGCUUCUGUUGCAUAGAUUAUUCCCAAAUGUCAGGUACUCUAUAUGGCUUGAUGCGAAGCUCCAGCUUGUUGUAGAUCCAUACCAAAUACUUGAAAGGUUCUUGUGGAGAACGAACUCUAGUAUUGCAAUGUCGAGACAUUACAGACGUUUUGAUGUGUUUGUGGAGGCUGAGGCAAACAAAGCCGCGAGAAAAUACGACAAUGCAUCAAUUGAUUACCAAGUAGAGUUCUACAGGAAGGAAGGCCUAACACCUUAUACUGAUGCUAAGCUUCCAAUAACAAGUGAUGUUCCUGAAGGUUGUACAAUCAUAAGAGAACACAUACCGAUCACAAACCUCUUCACGUGUGUUUGGUUCAACGAAGUUGAUCGGUUUACUUCAAGAGAUCAACUAAGUUUUGCGAUUGCGAGAGAUAAGAUAAGAGAGAAAGUGGAUUGGAGUAUCAAUAUGUUCCUCGACUGUGAAAGACGCAACUUUGUAAAACAGGUUUAUCAUAGAGACGUUUUGAUGAACAUGAAACCUCCUCGAGCUUCUUCUUCUUCUAGGGUUCUUCCUGAGCCACUGCCUUUGCCACGUGGUAAAGCUGGCGGUAGUAGAGCCGCCGGAGGGAAGAAGAUUCCGGGACAACGUGGAAAAAGGCGUCACCGGAAAGUUUCAGCCGGUGGAAGAAACAUGAGAUAGAGAUUUUUAUUUUGAGAAUGUUAGAACAUUGAACCGAAGUUAAGACCGGUAGAAGAUUAAACCGAAACUAAACCGGUGGGAUAUUUAUUUAUUGGUGUCGGCUAUGGAUAUUUUCGUCGAAGUGGGGUCAUUGUAGUACUCAUGGAGUCUUUUCCACUUGGCAUUAAUCAAACUUUAAUUCUGUAACCGAUAAUCUUUAAUGUGCUAUUUAUGCAAACAUUUUACCUGCUUUAUUUUAAAUAAUUAAUUACUUAUCUUCAACUAUGUCUAAAAAAUACGUUUGGAUACCUUUUUGUUUUUAUUAUAGCCAAUAUUUUCACAAAGCCAAAGAAAAAAUAAUUCAGAUUCAUAUAGAGAAAGGCAGAUUCAGUUAGAUAUUUUGUAGCUUUCCCAUUGGUGUAAUGUAUGUUAUUGCACAAAAAUAUAUUUCAAUAAAAGAAAAGAUAUUACAAAAAGUGCAAGUCCAAACUCAGCAUCAAUAAUAUCUUUGAAUAAUAAACAUAAAAAUGUUAUAUCUUUUUGAAAAAUUAAUUAAUUUAUUAACUAAUGAUAUGUUGAUAACUAGUAAACUUCAAAAUAAUGAGUGUUAAAUUACUACUCCCUCCGUUUUUUAAUAUAAGUCGUUUUACAGCUAUGCACGUAGUUUAAAAAAACCAUAUUAAUUUCUUAUAUUUUCUAAACAAAAACAUCAUUAAUUAUUUACCUAACCACAAUUCAACCAAUAGAAAAAUAGAAGAUAUAUUACUAUUGGUCAUACAACAUUAAUUAUUAAUAAAUUUUACAUAGAAAACCGAAAACGACAUAUAAUUUGGAACAAAAAAGUUUUUCUAAAACGACUUAUAAUAAAAAAACGAAGGGAGUAUUAGUUAUAACUACAAAAAUUAGUAAUCAUAAAAAUAAGUAGUUACAAUUAAAAUUUAUUUUAUUAUAUGUGAAAAUUUUAAAAAUCUAUUAAUUAGAACAAAAAGUUAUGGAGUAUCAUAUAACUCCAAGAGCCGAGUCCAUGCCGAUGCGUUCUUGGACCCCAUCUAUAUUUAUUUCUUCAAUUAUUUUUAUUUUGUAUUUUUGCCAAGAAUCUUUCAGUUAUUUCUCCACCUCAAAUUUCAGGAAAAGAAUAAUAUAAAAUUGCAAUCCUAUCUUUUCUUUCUAUCAUAGAAAAUAAUUAAUUACACAUUUUAAUAAUUUAAAUCAUAAUCAAGACUUAGUUAGGACGUGGGAUUGGAAAUUGUCUAGCUUUUCUAGAAGAAAAAGAAACGAAUUUGUCCAAAGAGUGACCCACAUCAACCCAAGAAACUUAUAAAUUAUAUUUAAAUAGUAAAGAGUUUAUAUAUAUAAGAUUAAAGAAAUCAAAAUCAUGGAAUCUAUCAAAGUCCAAAUCUCCAAAUCAGAUCAUCUCUCCUCCCAAAAGCCAAAGUCCAUACCUCUCUCCUUCCCAUUCAUUCAUCUUCUUCUCCAUGACUACAUCAGCUUCAAUGAACCCAUCUCUCUUUCGAGUAAUCUGUAUACUCCACUCAGUCAUUGCUCUAACAAGUGGGACCCUAAUGAUGUUCUACACAGAGAAGGCUUCCAUCUUCGGACCAGGAAGUGAGAUCGCUAGCAAACUCAAAGGAUCAACGCCGCACGAUGAACUACUCAUUCAGAUAUCUCAGUCUUUCUCCGGUUUGCUCCUCUUUGCUAUUGGUUUGAUACUGUUCAUGGUGUCUUUUGUUAAAGACAGAGAGUUUCACGGCUUCUUCGCUGGAGGGUCUGUGAUUCUCUACGUGUUGAUGGCUUCUUGGAGGGUUUUGUUCGAGUGGAAGAUUGAAGAUCUUGCUUAUGAAUGGCCUAAGCAAGCUCUUGGAGAUAUAGCUUUAGGGAUCUCUUGGGUUUUCUUUCUUGUUUAUUCAUGGAGAGAAAAGUAUGAUUGAUUGAUUGAUGUUUUUGAUUCUUGUUGUAACUUGUGGGCUAAGCAAGAACCUUUCAAUCUUCAGAUUUGGUAAGAGAGAAACUGAAAGCAUCUGUCGGAAUUCAGACAAGAUCAGAUCAGAUCAAACAAUAAAUAGUUUGGAUUCACAUC